CUUGAAAUUGCAUGUGUUUUUUAAACUGUCACCAAUAUUAUUUUAAUUUUAAUGCCGAACUAUUAGUUUUUUGCGGAAAAAAAUUAUUUUAAUGUGCGGAAAAAUAUAAUUUAGUAAGACGUAAAGCCAUGUGUUCAAACUAUUUUCAUAUUUAAGUCUUAUUUUUACGAAAUGAACGAAAACAUCACUUAAAUGAUUCCUCGAGGAGAGGAGCCCCAUACGAGGGGCAACAAAAAGGGCCAAUCUACUCUCCAAGAGAAAGUCGGAGGAUUCUAUUACACCUUAGGACUCUUCUGCAUAUCCUAUCCCAUUUCCGUACUGUGUUUUGCAAUUUUCGUUAUAAUCGUGUCAUGGUUUCCACUUGUGAACGUAUCGUUUCCCGGGAAAGCCCCACAAGUUCGUAUAGCCAACUUCACAGUGAUCGACAAUGCACAACCUUUUUGUUACGUCCAACAAAUAGUCUUAAGAAUCGCCGUUUUACCGUGGAAAACGGAGCUUGCUCUGGGAGACGCUUUUCGGGCCCCUUUAUACGAGGCUUUCAAACUCUUAGAUGUUGUUAGAAAUUAUCAAGACAAAAAUAGUUUUAAAAAUUUAGGACACGUUUGUCUUCACAUAGAGGCAAUUAAGAAAGCCCACAAUGAUAGAUCAAAUAUUUUACCUCAAUACAGUUGUUUGCUGUUAUCACCUGCAAAUCUCUGGAAUCAGGACGUUCAGCAAUUUUCCCAGGAUAGUGGAAUCCUUAAUACCAUAUUUAAUCACCAUAGUUUUCAAAAAGGGAAAACCUCAAUAUCUGAUAUGGUGUUUGGAAUGCAUCUUCUCGAUACAGGAAUAAAACGUUAUCCUUUAAGAAACAGACCUCGGAUAAUCCAAUAUGCAGUGACUUUAUUCUUCAAAGAAUACGACAUACAAUUUAUCGAAGGCUUGAAAGAAAAAUUAUCAACCGUUUACCCGUUGUAUCAGGAUACCAAUCGGAUAAUCGAGAGUAAAUUGAAUGACACUAUUCUUAUAGAAUACCCGGAGGAAAUUAAUUACAUCGAAGUAGUACCGCUUUUUACCGCUUUCGUUCUUUUAUUUCUGUAUUACUACUUUUCCGUUCGGAAAAUCGAAAUCAUCAAAUCCAAACUCGGCAUGGCUUUUACGGCAACGUUUACGGUUUUUUGCAACCUAACGAUGACAAUGGGAAUAUGUUUCUUCUUCGGUCUGACCCUCAAUUACGAAGGGUGCAAAAGUAUCAUCCCUUAUUUCACGCUCCUCGUGGGUUUAGAAAACGUUUUGGUACUCACCAAAAGCAUCGUAGCGACGCCAUUACAUCUGGACGUUAAAAUAAGGAAUGCCCAAGGCUUGAGCAACGAAGGCUGGUCGAUUACCAAAAACCUGCUCCUGGAAAUUACAGUACUAACGUUCGGAUUGUUCACAUUCAAUCCGGAGAUCCAAGAAUUCUGCAUAUUCUCCAUAGUAGCACUGAUAACCGAUUAUUUCCUACAAAUGUUCUUCUAUUUGACCAUACUGGGCUUAGACAUGAACCGGAUGUCUCACACCAUCGAUAAAAUGAGCCAAAAAUUCCGGAAUAAUCUGUACCAACAGCAGAGUUUCUUCGACAAGCCGUUCACCGGAGUAGUCAAAGGCCUCGUCAGGUCGAAAUCGCAUCCGAGAUUGACCUCGUUCCCAGCGAACAUCGUAGCCGCCCAAAAGCAGGACUCGAAAGAGAAAAUACCGAAGAGGGUGAAGUUGGUGAACAUCUGGGCCCGCACGAGGUUCUUCCAGCGCUCCUUCAUGCUCCUCAUGAUGAUCUACAUAAGCCUCAUAGCGUACAACAGCGAUUUAAUCAAGCAGUACAUCCUGCAGGAGAACCAGAGGAACGCCACGAUGGACGUCGAUACCCUAUCGACUAUAAAUAUAUUUCCCGUGCUGAAGAACCGAUCGCUCGAAGUGAACUACGUCACGUACAAUCCUCUGGAUAAAUACGAUCAGAACCAAACGGAGGGUCUGGAGAAACUGAAGCAUCCCGAAUACGCGCCUUGGUUGAAGUUGCCGGCCAGGCACUGGUCUUCGAUACUGAGGAAAUACAACAUCUCGUUGAGCGGCCAAUUAAUCGCCGUAUUACCCAACAUAAAACUAUCCCACGUCGUCAGGCCCGAGCAGGCCGUGCUGCUGAGAAACCCCCACGAGAAAUACGGCGAGAAAUUCCAAUGGCAAGCGCUCGCCGUCGCUCUGGAUCCCAUCGAAUUCAGCGACGAUUCGCCGGGCGCGAGCCUACCCCAAUCCGAGCAACCGUUCUACCCCACGUCUCCCAUGGAGAUCUUCCUCACCACCAUACUCUGCUUGAUAAGCAUCGUGGUGCUGGCGUACGCGUUCGUCGUCUUCUACAGGUGCGUCUGCUCGAGGAACUACGCCGAAUGGCGCGCCUCCUGGUUCAACGAAAAGGUCGACUCCGAGCAGGAGGACCAAGUCCUGCUGGAGGCCAUGCCCAUCAGCCUGGACGGUCACAAUCAGGAGAUCGAUUGCAUCGCCACCGACGGAACGAAUAUCGUAAGCGCUUGUUUAGGCGGGCAGCUUAAAGUGUUCGACAACAACACGGCCGAGCUUAUCGGCCAGAUCGAUCGGAAAUCGUACUUUAGCGGCGCGAAAUCGCCCGAUCUGUCGCCCGACGUCGACGAGACGAUAUCGGAUUACGAGUCGGGCUCGCCGCCGUCGCGGGACGAUCCGUUUCCGAAGCUGCUGAACAAAAUCAACACGGAUUUCUCGCACGUCGGCGACGACGCCGAUCAGUCCGCCUAUUCGGACUCCAAGUACAACUUCAACAAGUACUUCAGGCACUUCUACUUCGAUCACAACUUCGACGUGAGACAGCGAGGCAGGAGCGAAAACUGCAAAGACGACGGCGCUAAAAGACAUAGCAUUAACGACAACGCCAACAGAGAUUUGUUGGAGGUGUUCGACGAUCACUCGAAGGAGUUCGAGGCCUGUAAACUGUCGCCGAUUUGGUGCAUAGAUUACCUGGAUAACUUAAUAGUAAUAGGACGCGCGGACGGGCGAUUGGAGUUCUGGGAAGCUUCCACCGGAACUCUCAAGUGCAUGUACGAGGACGGUACCGAUUCGGGCGUAAACCACGUCAAGAUGAUCGGCGCCAAAGUGAUCGCCGUAAGGCUGUGCGGUUCGCUGGAGCUACUCCAAUUGCAGACCUACAAUCAAGGUAGACCCAUAGACUGGAAUUUCACGAUAGCCUACAGGAGGACGCACGUUAGAACCGGCUCGGCGGGCUCCAUAUCCGAACAAGAUUUGAAAAAUAAGGCGUACUCCGAAGAGGAUCUGAAGUGCAGCAAGAUCCAAACGGUGAAAGCUCAUCAACAGCCUGUGACGUGCCUCGACUGCGAGGGCGGGAGAAUCCUGACGGGCAGUCAAGAUCACACGUUGAAAGUGUUUAGAUUAGAAGACGGCAGUCCGUUGUACACGUUGCACGGCCAUUGCGGCCCCAUUACGUGCCUCUUCAUCGAUCGAGUGAACCCGGCUACAUCGGGCAGCGGUUCCCAAGACGGUAUGCUGUGCGUUUGGGAUCUACUCACAGGUACUUGCAUGUACAGCAUACAAGCGCACGACGGUGGCAUCACGUCGCUCGCGUACUCCGCCAGCUACGUCAUAUCGCAGGGCUCGGACGACAGAUUGUGCGUCUGGGAGCGAUUCCAGGGGCACUUGUUGAACACCAUCAACGUGAGCCAGACGUUUUCGAGGUGCAACGUGGCGAUGCUGGCCCAGCAUCUGGUGGUCACCGGAAGGAGCGGCGGGCUGAUCAUCUGGGACGUUAGGACGGGCGAUUGCGUGCGAACCGUUACGUUGGGUCGAGGGCCGUGCAUCUUCAUCAAUCACCUGGUGUUGCUGAGGGACGCUGUGUUGUGCGACUACGGGAAGCAACUGGUGAUCGUCAGGUUUCCGCUUAUGGCGCAUAAGUUCGAUUAGCGAACGGCUGUGGGGCGGAUUUGGAUUUGUUCCGAGACUUUAGAUAUUGCCAAAUUUUUUGAUUAGUAACUUAUUUCCUUUUCGACAAAAAAAAUGAUAAUAUAUUUUGAUAGAUAGUUUCUAAUAUUAAUGUUUUUACUUUUAUAAGGAUCACACGAGCACUAGAGGUAGAGAUCAGUUUUAGACGGCUUCGAAUAAUUAUGAGAGGUUACGCAAUUUGAAGUAGACUUAAUUAAAUGUUUCUUUUUUUUGUCACAAUCGAUAACAGUAUUUAUCAAUGAUUAUUGGAAAUGAACAGAUGAGGCUCGCUAAUACGAAUUUAAUUUAGAAAUUGAAAUUGUUGAUAUUACUGUUGCUAUAUUUAUAAUUGUAUAUUUUUUUAUUCUUAUAAAAUCAUUCUGUCAAA